UUUGCCACUCCUGUACAACAGAUGGCGCUGGCUAAGAAUGAACACUCUUUCCUCUUCGUCGAACGUCAUCUGCAGAAGCUUCGUUUAAGGCCUGGUUGCUGUUGUCCUCCAUCUUGCUUCUGUCCUCCAUUCCUCGGAUGCUGUCCAGCGCUCUCCGCACUGCCCGUCCCCUCCUCCUCCGCCCUCUCACUUCCUCCUCCCGCUCGCUAGCGCUGUCCCACCACCGCCCGCAGAUGGCGCCGGACCCCACCCGGCCAGUGGAGACGUCCAUCCGGGCCAAGCUGACGGAGGCGCUGCAGCCGGCGCACCUGGAGGUUCUGAACGAGAGCCACAUGCACGCCGUGCCGCCCGGCUCCGAGUCGCACUUCCGCGUGCUGGUGGUCAGCGAGCGCUUCGAGGGCCUGCCGCUGCUGCAGCGCCACCGCCUGGUCAACGAGGCGCUGCGCGACGAGCUGAGCAGCCGCGUGCACGCACUGGCCAUCCAGGCCAAAACGCCCCAGCAGUGGGACAGCAACCCGGCCCUGGCCAAGAGCCCAGCCUGCAUGGGGGGCUCCAAGCACGACGAGACUGUGGCCGACAAACUGAAGGCUGGGAGAGACUGAGACUGCUUUAAGAGCUAAGAACUACACUGAGUUAUUAUGUAUAUUUGUAAUCAAUAACUGCUACUAUUAAAACCUGUGAUUAAAACCAUAGUAACCCACAUCCCAGUAGUGUCAUAAGACUCUUUGACACGUCGGAUGAAGAUGUAAGACACAGAGCAGGUGUCAGUUAUGCUGACUGUAUCUCACUUCUACAUGAAUGCAGUAUUACAGUAAUAUUGUAACGUGGUUGAAAUGAGCGGCCUUUGUUAUGGUUGUUGCUGUUGAGUGGUUUGUGAGUUGCCAUUUAGGACAGACUGUGGGGUCGUAAAGGAAAUGGAGAUCCACAGGACUUGUGGAUCUCCAUUUUAUAAUUCCUGUGUUGCUGGGUUUUGUUGCAGCCAAAGCAAAGGCUGCUAAAUAGUUUGGAUUGUAACGAUAAUAAAUCUAACAAUUCUGCAGUAAAA